AGAACUGUCAAUCGUUUUCAAUCCUCCAAUCAAGCGAGUACUGGAAUUCCAGCAGCGCAUAAUAUCAUAGUAUCAAAUAUGAAGGUGUUCGUGGUUAUUUCGUCACUCUUGGCAGUUGCUACGGCUUCGACUGGCUUCGAAGCUCCUCGGUGGUACGGAUAUGCUCCUGCUGCUGCUUAUUAUGAUGCUCCAGCUGAGUUAUCCAGCCAGUACCACUCCCAGGAUAACCUCGGUCAGUACUCAUAUGGAUACAACGGAGGUCUUUCGGCAAAGGCCGAAACUAAAUCCUUAGAUGGCGUGACUCGUGGAUCGUACAGCUACCUGGAUGCCGAGAACAAACUGCAGACCGUCACCUACACUGCCGAUGCCCUCAACGGAUUCCGUGCUCAGGCUACUAACCUCCCACAGGCUCCAGCCGAAACCCGCAUGGCUCCCGAACCAGUUCAAGAUACUCCCGAAGUUGCCCAGGCUAAGGCUGACCACAUGGCUGCCUUUGAGAAAGCUAAACUGCGUAAUGCUGCUGCUGUAGACGAAAGUGCCGCCUUGGCUUAUGCCAGCCCUGCUCCAAUUUCCCUGGCACCAGCUUCCGUAUUUUCUCCACUGCCUAUCGCUAGCUAUGCUACCCAAGCACCAAUCGCUGCCAUUGCCCCUUCCCACUUUUCCUACGCCUGGAACCAUGCUUCAGCUUACGCAUACAGCUAUGGAGCUCCUGCAUUUUACGACAAUCGCCUUUAUGCCCGUACACUUCCAUUGGCCCAGGAUUUGCCUCAGCCGGUUCAGGACACCCCAGAGGUUGCUCAGGCCAAGCUGGAACACUUCAAGGCCGUUGCUGAAGCCAAAGCUCGCGCCUUGAACUAAGAAAUAAUUAUUUGAAUUGGUCAAUCCACCCGGAACUUGUACUAACCGAAACAUCUCAAUCGAUGUGUGUAAAGUGUGUAAAAAGUGUUUAAUACGAUUGAGCUUAGAGAAUUGAGUUAAUGAAUACCAGAAUAACAGAAUAUUUAAAAAUAAACAAAAAUGUAACGCAAAAUACAUGA